AAAAAUGCAUUGCCUAUGCAAAUCGAAAUAACGCACGAAACGGAAAGGCCCGAGUCAGUGAGUCUGAUAAUCGAGCUUGCAACAAUAUAAAAGCAGCAUUCCUUGAAUCGAAGUACAUUCAGCACCCCAGUGAAACUCCAACAAUCACUUCACUGCGACAUCUAGCAAUCAUGAAAGGAUUUUUGUCACUUGUUCUCGUCUCCAUCGCUCUCCUGCAGACGGCAGCAGCAGCACCCGCUGUGUCAGAGCGCUCCCAAGCCGUCAAAAAGAGUGAGGGCGAGCAGAUCAUUACAGACUCCCCUGAGAUCGAGACUAAAGAUGUCGAGAAGCGCAACUUUAUCAUUGGUUUCUACCGUUUCUCUUACGACCAGAACGAUGAUCUCGAAAACUCCGAAGCCUAAGGUUAUAGAAGCGCUAGGACG